UUACACCAUCUCACACAACAAUUUUCCUGCAUCCUGAGAGCAAAUUUGAUAUUCUCUCAUUAACGUACAGUUAGCAAGCAUCGACAUAUUUUUGUAGUUUGUAUAAUUUUACUCCAGUUUUUGUUUUGUACACUCAACCAUAGAUAUUGCAAUGGCGUUGGCAAUGAAUGCUACUACCAAUGUGGCGACUGCAGUGGUUGCUACCCCUGCAAUUGCUGGUGCCUUGAGCUAUAAGCAGGCAACUAGCGUGCGCUUCACCACUGGAGCUUCGGCAUUCAAGCGAGCUUCAGUGUUUGUUGUGAGAGCGGAGAAGGAGGGCAAGGUGGAACCCGGCCCCGCGGGCAGGCAGAAUGCGCCCAGCACCCCCCAUUCGCCCCCAGGCAUGAGUGGCUCCGAAGCCCCGCUUGGCGUAAUCUCCUCCACUGUCCCUCUUGCGCAAGGCUCGGAAGAGCCUGUGAGCAACAGGAUGGCGUACGUGUGCCAGGACUGCGGUUAUGUGUACGAUGAGGAGACGCCCUUCGAAGACGUGCCCGACGAAUACAACUGCCCUCAGUGCAAGGCACCUAAGACGCGGUUCAUGAUGGCGAAUGCAUCAGUUGAGGAGAUGCUGGACACCACCAAGGAGGACGAUGCUGUGUCUCGAGGCAGCGGCGAGAUGAGCGGCAGCCCUCCAAACCAGAACUAGGGUGUGAGCUUUGUGGAACAGUUCAUGUAUAAUAUCAAUGUUUGAUAAGAGGAUAACUGAGAUUGUAUGAUUGUUGAUUUCAGGAUUUAAAUAAAUAAUCUGCAUCUGAAAGUCGGAUGUGGAUGAUCAUAUUUGCUCUGA